ACGACACAAACAGUUGUUGGUUGAACUCGCUACGAGAAGCAAUAUACCUACACUUAACAUUGUGUUCGUACGGCCUUUUUUUUCAAUAAUUUAAUAAUAAAGUUUUCAGUGAAUACAUUGUACAUAUUGCAUUGUACAGCUGAUGGUACAGUCGCAUGUGUGAUUGUGUCUCAAUAAAAAUUAAUAAUUUCUUGUUCGAGCAACGUGGAUAGGGAAUUUCAGUGUUACACAAACAUAGGAAAAUGAAUUGAUCCACAAGCAGUAUAAAUCAAAGCUGUUUCAACCAUGACGGGAACCUUUUUAGACCAAGUUCGCAAGGAACUACACAUCAGGAAUUUCUGUUGCAAUUACAGAAAACCAGACAGAUUCGUUCGGUCACAGUGGCAAUUACAACCAAAAAACGUUUUUUACCUUCUCUGGAGGAUAGUCUUAGCAGCAUUUUUCAUAUCAGCAGUCAUUACAUCAAUGGCGUCCUUAACACCUGAAGAUUUCCGAUUUUAUUUUAUUUACUUAACGAAUUGGGGCAUCAUACUAUGUAUGAUAACCAGUGUUUAUGGGGCAAUUUUAGUUACAUAUUGGCAUUUUAAUUCAAGAUAUGCAGACAGAAUAUCAGAAUGCAAUGACAUGCCAUUUGCCUUUAAGUUUUACUGGAGCAUUCACAAUAUUAUACUGAAUGUGUCGAUAGUCAUAACAGUAAUUUACUGGUCAAUACUUCACACAGACAGUAUGCCGAUAUCUGCAACUAAUGUGAUGACACACGCAUUCAAUUCGGUAUUGAUGUUUGUGGACAUGCUGAUAAUGGCGUAUCCUUUACGCUUAUACCACGGUAUUCAACCAAUAUUGUUGGGGGUAGUCUACGUUAUCUUUUCGAUAAUUUACUAUUACGCUGGAGGUAAAAAUAAAUUUGAUCAACCGUACAUCUACAACGUAUUGGAUUGGUCGAGUUCAGAUCCUAAAAAAAAUGUUGUAACCGUGGUCGGCACUCUGGUGUUAUCAAUGGCAAUACAUUUGGUUUUAUUCGGCGUGUACAGAUUGAAAGUGUUUCUGCACAGAAAAUGCGUUCACACAGACAAAUCUGCCGAUUUACCUACAGCGCCAUCAAGUGCUGCACCAAAUUCGAGAAUAUCGAUGGUAUUGGGUUCCUAUGAAUAUGAUAACACUGCAUUCAGCGGAAGCACAGAGAAGAUUUAAUCAUAGUUUUUGUUGUUGUUCAAAUUAAACUUUAAUAAAAAUUAUGUGCGGCUAUUGGUAA